CCGAGAUUCCGGCUCUCAGCUGUGUUAUAGGGAGCCGGAGCCUUCUGUCCCCAGCAACGACUGGAGCUCGAGCGCCACUCGCUGCACCCUCCCUACGCCCCUGACCAACAGUGUCUUAUUCAGAAAGAGACAGUGCAUAGACUGCGAAUGCAUACCUUACAACAAUUUACACAAAAAUUGGUACAAAUUCAAAAAAGGGGCGUGGCCACAGGUGGAAAAAUUAGCUUUGGAUAAAAAUGAAGGCUGUCCAAGUUGCUGUGCUGUUAUUUGCUGUGUGGGGAAUAGGGGCUACUCCAGCUGGCCGGCUUUCCUGUUACAAAAAGAUUUUAAAAGAUCGGAAUUGUCACAAUAUCCCAGAGGGAGUGGAGAAUCUUUGGCCCCUGAAUGGAAGCCUGCAGGACCACUUUUGGGAAGGGGCAGGAUGUGAGAUGGUCUGCUACUGUAAUUUUAAUGAACUGCUCUGCUGCCCAAAGUAA